GUUUGCACUGCGUCGAAUGGGAAAGUUAAACUGAACAAGCUCACAUAAUUGAAAGGACAAAAUACUUCCGAUUCUGCUUAGCUAUAUUUCCAUGGACGAUUAUACCCCAAAGGUCACAGGCCUUUCGCCUGCCGAGGGCUCGCCAGGAACCAAGGUGACAAUAAGAGGAGAGAACUUUGGAACCGGCCAAAAUGACCUUGUUUCCGUGACAAUCUGUGGUAUGGAUUGCACCAUGUUCUCGGAGUGGAAGUCUUCGCACAAAAUUGUCACACGGACUCGGAUCUGUUCGGGUGUGGGUGACGUUAUUAUUACAACGAAAUCCGGCGGAAAAGGAAGCUGCACUGUGCAAUUUAAGGGCAUCCAUGAAUCUGUAUCGCCAACGGUAGAGUCCGCUGUUUGGGUGGAUGAGGCGCAUCAUUUCCAUGGGCCAUUUUUCCCAUCGAUGAAAGGUCCUACUUCGUCGUCGUCGCUCGCCAAAGAACUUAACCUACUGGGUGGAGCUGACCAAACUGCCUUAAGUCCCACCAAGGAAAGUGACCUUAAAGCUCAGUUUGGAGAUAAGACCACGGACGUUUUUUCCCGAAACUUUAGUCCAGACCUCUAUCUUCUUACAAACCACAUGCAAUGCAGUUUCGAGAAUCUUCGUACUGGUCUAAAAGAGUUAGAAAGACGUGUAAGCAACCAACAGGAAGGACCUACAACAUUUCUCAAGUCUAACGUUUAUGCAAUUGUGAAGUGCCUUGAUGUUCUUAAAGAACUCAAUAAAGUUAUGAACAAGGACCGCACUGAGAUGGGUUCAGCUCUUACAGAAAAUGUAGCGCAGCACCUCAAAGAGACCUUGUACGAGGCAUCUUCGAUCUUUGAACAAAUUCUGAGGCGAAAAGAGAGCUCCGAUUCAAUGAGAACUUCGCUAUCGAUUCUGCACAAAUUCCGCUUUCUCUUUAAUUUGCCCGCCCAAAUCGAACACAAUGUCAAAGCGGGAGAGUACGACACAGUCAUAAGUGAUUAUGCGCGUGCCCGUUCAGUGUUUCACGACACUGAGGUUGGCAUCUUUAAACGGGUCCUUAAUGAUGUUGAAUCGAAAGUGGCCCUGUUCAAGGAGAAGCUUUACGAGGGUAUCAGAAAAUUCCCGGGACCACUUGAUCAACGCAAGAAGCUCAUCAGCUACCUUGUACAACUGGAACCGGAACGGAAUCCAGGCUGGGAGGCAAUCAAGCUGAACCAAAAGUGGCUUCUCAAGUCUAUGGAUGAUCUAAAAAACCUUCACCUAUCUCGGGCUUGUAGUCGAGCUAGCAUGACUGAUACUGAAGGGGAGAGUGAUCCUCCACAGGUAGAAUUCGUGCUCAGUCUCUGCAGAUUCUUCUGCAGUAAUGCUCCAGAUUUCUUCAAACUCCAGCAAGCUUACCUUCAGCGAGAUAUGGAGGGAAUUCAAACAGCCCCCAGUGAAGAAGAAGAACGUCGCAGUAGCGACUUAACUUUACAGUUGGAGUCCCGACUUUGUCUUGAGGUACGAUCUGCACUGUUGCCCACGCCUGCCAUGAGUCCCGUAGUGGCUUGGCCCCAUUCGCCUAGCCAGUCGAUCGGCCCAUGGCUUCCGACUUGCCUCCGGCAUGUCAGGAAGUGCUACUCCAGCGUGUUGAAGUUGGAUCCCCCACACGCAGCUGCCAGAAUGCAAAGCCUUAUUACGGACCUUCGUGAGCACGCAAUCAUCUCGCUACUGAGUCAAGCAGCACAGGAUAUCAGUCAUCUACAUGAAUACGAGACGUGGCAAAGCAGUUCGUCGUUUGAUGUUCCUUCAGCUCCAGUGGGCUGUGGUGGCAGAAUUAUGGUUGGCGGCGGGGGUGGCAACCAAUUCCAAGGCGCACAUUUCGGAGCGUCGCAGUUACCUCUUCUGUUUGAAAACCGCGUCAUUGAGGCAUUACAGGUGAUUCAAGAGAACGUGCUACAAUCUUCCGCUGGUCAAAUGUUUAAACAAAUGAACGUCAAAGUUGCAAUAAUGCAGAAUGUAGAGGCAAUGAUAAAGUCAUACGUCAAUGCCCUAGAGAAAGCUCCGUCCACAGAAAAGACGCAAACAAUUUUACGCGAGGUCUUAGAUCGUGGCUGUGGAAACAGCCCAGGUGGCCGCCUUUCAAUCGAAGACAAACUCUUAAUCACAUUGGCGAAUGUUGCUGUUAGUCGUGAGCACGUACUUCGACGUAUCAAAGACGCAUUUGAUAACCAACAGUAUCCCGAUAUAACGGACAUCAUAAAUGAAGGAGAUCGGUUAUUAGCUCAGGUGGAUCAAAGGGUUUUACAACUUGUUAUCAGCCGACUGCAAAGACCCCUCGUUGAUAUGGUUGAAGAACUUAUGCAGGAGUACAGCGUCGAGUGGAACACUCCCAAGAUACCAAACGAUGUUUCAACGUAUGUUAAGGAAUUACUUCUGGAGCUGACAGAGGUUCAACAGCAAAUCUUACGCAUCUGCCCUACGCUUAUUGAGCGGGUGCUACCCCCGAUAGCAGCCGCACUUGUCGCUGAGGUUGCUCGCCAAUGCCAGCACGUUAAAGCGACAUCUGUGCAAGGAAACAAUCUACAAAUAUGCGUUGACAUUUUGGCACUAGAAAGCGCCCUUAGGUCCCUUGAUAAAAACAACCUUUUCGAAGUGUUGCGGCCAUGUAAGGAUCGGUUGGGCGCCACAGAUAGAACCCAUAAGGAAUUGGUAGACGACGUUGUGAGACAAUUUAAAUUUAAUCAGCGUUUGCAGAUUAUGUGUUUUCAAUGAAGCAAUGAUUCGCC